AUGGAGGCAGAAAUCCAGGCUCAGAUUCCUAACAUUGACAACGUCCUUUCGGAGUACUCCGUUGGUUAUCUCAAUCAUGCAUCAAAGUUGUAUUUCUCCGAAGAUGAUCCUUCUGCCCAGUCACCACUGGCUGAAGCACUUGAAACUGUGACUUCUCUGCUUGUUUCUGCUUCAGGAAACUUCUCUGACGAGAAUCAAGCUGCCAUCCGUCACUUGGUAGAGAAAUUUAUCUCAAAGCUGAGUGAGGCCAAUGGCGUCGACGGGGAGAGACGCCAGAUGCCAUUCGCCGCCAAAAAACUCGAGCACACCAUUCAAGUCAGCUCGCAGCGGAACAUUUCCUCUACUUUGGGAUUGACUGGUGGUAUUGUUGAUCUUGAGGCUACCAAUGCUCGCAAGGUAGAAUCCAAAGUGGACAAGAAGAAACUCGAAAAGGCCGAGCGAAAAAUCCGGGCCAAGCAAGACAAAAAGGUCAUGAAGAAUGUGGAGUAUGAGGCUUCCAGGCUGCUCGAGCAGCCAGACAGCACCCAAUCAUACGAGGAGUUCUUCAUGGCAGUCAAUCCACUUCAACUUGGUUCCGAUGCUCAAUCAAAGAGCAAAGAUAUCAAGGUCGAGGGGAUUGACGUGUCUAUUGCUGGCAAACGGAUCUUGACCGAUACGUCCUUGACAUUGGCCUAUGGCCGAAGAUAUGGUUUGGUGGGUCAGAACGGUAUAGGUAAAUCCACACUGCUACGUGCAUUGAGUCGCCGUGAAGUGGCCAUCCCAACCCACAUUUCCAUCCUUCAUGUUGAACAGGAAAUCACAGGAGAUGAUACUCCCGCUCUUCAAGCCGUCCUGGACGCCGACGUCUGGCGGAAGCAUUUACUGGCCGAGCAAGACAAGAUAACUAAGCAGCUGGCAGCUCUCGAGGUGGAGAGAUCCAAAAUGGCGGACACGUCAAAAGAUGCCGCUCGCCUCGAUAAAGAGAAAGAUGGGCUCGAUACGACAUUAGGCGACGUUCAAGCCAAACUUAGUGAAAUGGAAUCCGACAAGGCCGAAUCUCGAGCGGCCAGUAUCUUAGCCGGUCUAGGAUUCUCGACCGAACGUCAACAAUUCGCCACCAAGACAUUCUCCGGCGGUUGGCGCAUGAGGUUGGCUCUGGCUCGAGCAUUGUUUUGUGAGCCUGACUUAUUACUACUCGAUGAACCUUCAAACAUGUUGGACGUGCCGUCUAUCACGUUCUUGUCCAACUAUCUCCAAUCCUAUCCCAGUACAGUCCUGGUGGUCUCUCACGACCGUGCUUUCCUCAAUGAAGUAGCCACCGAUAUCAUUCACCAACAUUCUGAGAGGUUGGACUACUACAAGGGAGCCAACUUUGAUUCAUUUUACGCCACCAAGGAAGAACGAAAGAAGAACGCGAAACGCGAGUACGAGAAUCAGAUGGCUCAGAGGGCACAUCUGCAGGCAUUUAUCGACAAAUUUAGAUACAAUGCCGCGAAGUCCUCCGAGGCGCAGUCUCGCAUCAAGAAGCUGGAAAGAAUGCCCGUUCUGGAACCCCCUGAGGCAGAAUACACAGUCCAUUUCAAAUUCCCAGACGUGGAGAAACUUUCACCACCCAUAAUCCAGAUGUCAAAUGUUUCAUUUGGCUAUUCGAAAGACAAGCCCCUCCUUCACCAUGUCGACUUGGAUGUUCAACUGGACUCCAGAAUUGGAAUUGUUGGUCCGAACGGAGCCGGUAAGACAACAGUUUUGAAGCUUCUCAUCGGACAGCUUCAGCCGACGUCAGGAUUGAUAUCACAAAAUCCACGUCUCCGAAUCGGAUUUUUUGCUCAGCAUCAUGUGGACGCUCUCGACAUGAACACCUCUGCAGUCGGCUUUAUGCAAAAGACAUACCCUGGGAAGACCGACGAAGAAUAUCGCCGUCACCUUGGAGCGUUUGGCAUCACGGGCAUGACUGGUCUACAAAAACUGGAGCUGUUAUCUGGUGGACAGAAAUCCAGGGUUGCAUUUGCCUGUCUGUCAUUGACCAACCCUCAUAUUCUCGUUCUUGACGAACCGUCGAAUCAUUUGGAUAUCGAGGCGAUGGAUGCUCUCUCAACUGCCUUGCGGCAAUUUCAGGGAGGAGUGUUGAUGGUCAGCCACGAUGUCACGAUGUUGCAGAAUGUCUGCACCAGUUUGUGGGUUUGCGACAAGGGGACGGUUGAAAAAUUCCCCGGGGAUAUCAAUUCAUACAAGAAAAAGAUAUCGGCGCAGGCAAAUGAGGCCGGCGUCGUUCAAGCCCAUUGA